GUUUCCGCCCCACAGAAGGGCACGACGGCGCUGCACCACGCGGCAGGGGCAGGGUACGCACCGGCGGUAGACGCGCUCAUCGACCUCAGGGUGGACAUGGAUGCCGUGGAUCAGGACGGGAACUCUGCCCUUCACUGGGCUGUAUCCAGCGGACACCAGGAGGCGAUGGAAUCUCUGGUGGAAGGCGGGAUAGAUGUCAACAUACAGAACAAAUUCCAGGAGACAGCCCUGCACAUGGCGUCCAGAAUGAACCGCCUCGCGAUGGUGCAGGUUCUGUUGGCGUACGGGUCCAACGUGCACCGCAGAAACACGGAGUAUGCCAUCGCCAUGCAGUACGCUGCUCACUCCAUCAACCCAAGAAUAGCUCGCAGUUUAGCCACCUUCGGGUCAGACGUCAACAUCGCUUGCUUCACCAAGAAAGGUAAAGUAAAGAAAGGUGUCCUUAAAGAGAAGAAAGAACCGCCGCUGGGGAAGGUAUCACCAAUCAGCUCACCUAGACUGCCUUCAUGGAGGAGAGAGGAAAUUCAGGCACUAGAGAAUCUGCCACAACUGGACAGCUACUACCCUGAUGAUGCAGCCCGAAGGGAGAGCACGGGGUUCAGGCACUAGGAAUCCUACUACAGGUGGACACCUAUC